GGGAAAGGGGCGGGGCCUGCGUGACCGUUUGGCGUCGAAGUUCCUUUGAGAAUCCUCGUGUGGCCAGCGUCUCUGAGAGAAAUUAGAACCUAGAUACUAUUCCCCAAGAAGAAAUUCAUUAGUUUGGAACAGGAGGAUUCCUUUACAUCAAACACCAAGAUGAAAGAAUCACCGAUAGAUGGUAAAUGUGACAAAGCAGGGACACCACAACUGGGACAGCUAGAUGAAAUUAAGACGGAACCUGAAAAUGCUCAGGAGUAUUGUCAAGCCCAGCAGCCUAAAACUCAGGAGAAUGAACUGAAAAUAAACACUACAUUUUCAGACAGUGCUCCACAGUUGACUGCAGGCAUUCAGCUUUCCCUGACAUCAUCUGGCAUGAAUAAAAUGCUUCCUUCAGUUUCAACCACAGCUAUUCAGGUUUCCUGUUGUGGUUGUAAAAAAAUUCUUCAGAAGGGGCAAACUGCUUAUCAGAGGAAAGGGUCUACUCAGCUUUUCUGCUCCACGCUGUGCAUCACUGAAUACAUUUCAUCUGCCAAUUCACCAGCUCUUCCCAGGAGAACUUGUUCAAACUGCUCAAAAGACAUCUUAAAUUUAAAGGAUGUGAUCAGUGUCCAGCUAGAAGAUAAUACCUCUAGCAAGAAUUUUUGCAGCCAAUCUUGUCUUUCAUCAUAUGAAGAAAAAAGAAAAGCAUUUGUUACAAUAUGCACUAAUAGCGUUUUAACCAAGUGCAGCAUGUGUCAGAAGACUACUGUUAAACCAACAAAAACACUUAAAUCUGUUCCUUGCAAAUCAUUGAAGCCCUCAGAUGAAAUGAUUGAGACCACCAGUGACUUGGGGAAGACAGACCUUUUUUGUUCUAUUAAUUGUUUCUCUGCUUACAGUAAAACUAAGAUGGAAUCAUCUACAGUAAAUGUUUCCAUGGUACAUGAUGCCUCAACGGAUACCUUUUCUCCAAAGAAAGAUACAACUCCAGUUAUAAGCAAUAUAGUGUCAUUGGCAGAUGCUCGUGUUUCCCUACCCAUCAUGAACUCUGAUGUCUUACAAGCAGAUACAGUAUCUUCAGUAACAGCAAAUGUCAUUGUAGAUAGUUUACCCAGUGAAUCAAGUAGUGGUGUUGCUACUAGUAGUGUUGAACAGCCAAGCCUUUCACCAUCUUCAUCAAUACCUGGUCAGCCUACGGUUGACUCCAGUGUAGAAGUACAAAAAUAUCAAGUGUCAGACCAAGAUGCUUCAUACAAUAUGAAAUCUAUGAAAAUAAGUGAAGGACUGUGUCACCCAAAAUUUACAUCCAGAGUACAAAAAAUUAAAGAUAAGUCACAAAACAUUAAAAAAUCUUGGUGUUCAAAUUUCCAACAUUUGAAAAACAAUAUUAAAAAGGAUGUGACAUUCUGUUACUCAUGCCAGUUGUUCUGCCAAAAAAAUUUUAAUUGUGGAGGAGAACCCUUUACAGCGCAAGGAAUUUCUAAUUGGAAAAAGACUCUAGAAAAAUUCAGAAAGCAUGAAAAAAGUGAGAUGCAUUUGAAGUCAUUGCAGUAUUGGAGGGAGUACCAAUUUUUUGAUGAAGCUGUCAAUGAUAAUUUAUCUAUUCAUUCAAAACAGAUUGAAGGAAAUAAAAAGUACCUAAAGCUUAUAAUUGAAAAUAUUUUAUUUCUUGGGAAGCAGUGUUUACCAUUAAGAGGAAAUGAUCAAUCGAUUUCAUCUGUGAAUAAAGGCAAUUUUUUAGAACUGCUAGAAAUCAGAGCAAAAGAUAAAGGAGAAGAAGUAUUUCGACUUACAAAUUUACAAGUUGACUUCUAUAAUAGUACACAAAUUCAAAAUGAUAUUAUUGAAAUAAUAAAGACUGAAAUGCUUCAAGAUAUUGUGAAUGAAAUCAAUGCCUCCUCAGCUUUUUCAAUAAUAUGUGAUGAGACAACUGAUAGUGCCACUAAAAAACAGCUUUCGAUUUGUGUAAGAUACCCACAAAAAAUGUCAAAGGCUGUCUUAAUUAAAGAAAGAUUCUUGGGUUUCAUAGAUAUUGAAGAGAUGACUGGGACUGACUUACAUGGGACUAUCAAAACUUACCUGCAGCAAAUUGGAGUUGAUUUAAAUAAGAUACGUGGCCAGGCCUAUGAUAGUACCACUAAUUUGAGGGGACAAUUUAAUAAAAUUGCAGCAGAAUUCAAGAAAGAAGAGCCAAGAGCUUUGUACGUACAUUGUUAUGCGCAUUUUUUGGAUUUAACAGUAAUUACGUUUUGUAAAGAAGUGAAAGAACUCCGAAGUGCUCUAAAUACUCUCAACUCUUUGUUCAACACUAUUCAUAUGUCUGGGGAAAUGUCUGCAAAGUUUCAAAACAUUUUUAAGCUAAGUCAAAACAAAACAUGCAAGAAACAUACAUCACAAUCAUGUUGGACAGUCCAUGAUCAUAUAUUACUGUCUGUGAUUGAGGGCCUUCCAGAGAUUAUUGAAACAUUGGAAGUUAUAUCAAGCCAUUCUUCAAACACAAGUUUAGCUGAUGAAUUGAGUGAUUUGUUAAUACUGGUUUCCAAAUUUGAAUUUAUCUUUUGUUUGAAAUUUCUUUAUCGAGUGUUAAGUGUUACAGGAAUUCUUUCCAAAGAGCUUCAAAGUGAAACUAUAGAUAUUUUUUCAUUGUCUUCAAAAAUAGAAGCAAUUUUGGAAUGUUUAUCAUCUGAAAGAAAUGAUGCCUAUUUCAAAACUAUCUGGGAUGGGGCAGAGGAAAUAUGUCAAAAAAUAACCAGUAAAGGUUUUGAAGUUGAAAGACCUUCUUUUCAGAAAAGAAGAAAAAUUCAGAAAACAGUAGAUCUUGGCAAUUCAGAUAGUAUGUUUUUUCCUACUUCAACAGAAGAACAAUAUAAAAUUAAUAUUUAUUACCAAGGAUUGGAUACUAUAUUAAAUAAUUUAAAGCUAUGUUUUUCAGAGUUUGAUUAUUGCAAAAUGAAGCAAAUUUCAGAACUGUUAUUUAAAUGGAAUGAACCAUUAAAUGAAACAACAGCUAAACAUGUCCAAGAAUUCUAUAAACUUGAUGCAGACAUCAUCCCAGAACUUAGAUUUUAUCGGCAGUAUGCAAAGCUUAAUUUUGUCAUAGAUUAUGAUCAUAUCAACUUCAUCAAUCUUGGCUGUUUGUUUAUCCAGCAUGGUCUUCACAAUAAUAUUCCCUGCAUAUCAAAGUUACUAUAUACUGCUUUGUCUUGGCCAGUUACUUCAAAUGCUGAAAAUUCAUUUUCUACACUGCCCCGUCUUAAAACAUAUUUAUGUCAUACCAUGGGACAAGAGAAGCUUAGCGGUCUAGCCAUAAUAGCUAUUGAGCAGGAAUUGGUAAAUAAACUGAUGGAACCUGAAAGACUCAAUGGCAUUGUGGAAAAGUUUAUCCAUCAGAUGAAAGAAACUAACACUUGCUAGUUCAAAUUUACCUAAAAGAAUUUUGUUAUUUCUGCUGGAAUGUUUGUUUUAUUUCAAAAUUUUAUCUCCUGAGAAAAAGAUUUUUUUUCAUCAGAACAUGUAACAUUCACUUGAUUCAAAAUUCAAGAAACAGACUGAAAAGAGAAAAGUCUCCUUCUCCUUUUCAGUACCCAUUCCCCCUCCCUGUAGUGUUUGUUCCUCAAAUAUCCUCCUGGAGAUAUUUUUCACGAAUAGUACUCUGCAGUCCACACUGUUCUUCAACUUGUCCACUGAACAUAUUUUUGAGAUUGUCCUAUACCCAUGCAUAAAGAGUUUCUUGAUUUUUUUACAACUGCAUAAAAUUUCAUUGUAUGAACGUACCAUAAUAUAUUUGAGCAGUCCCUAACAAUAAACACUUUAAUUCUU